CACGUGAUAAAAGUUUGCCGUUCAAGAAAAGUCACCGGACACCCCUCGUGCAUGUUACAGCCCACGCGCUCACGUCCAAAACAAAAAUGGCACAUGAACCCUGCCAGACUGAAAAUACCGAAAGCGAAACUUCAUUGUAGCGUCGGUGACAUUGAUCUCUGUGACACUGUUGCAAUACGAACCGUCAGCCCCCUCGCUGUCACUAAGACAUGGCACUGCAAAUAGCCUCUCUCUGUUCACAUAUCAGAGUCCCUCUGUCCACCGGCCCUCUGAGCCGUGCCCGUGCUGACUUCCAGGGAGCUGGUGUUAAGUUCAAGCACUUCUUAUCUCCUGGAAGCCCACAUCUGGGAGGUAAGCCAGCAAAAAGUCCUGUCCGCGGCCAUAUUAACGCGGCCCCCCGAGCCGAGAAGUUUUCAACGACAGCAGUAGUUUGGAAAUCUAGUCAGGGGAACGGGUCCUCCUGGUCCUCCUCCUCACCCCGGGGGAGGAGAGGCUGGUUGGGAAAGUUUGCCCUCGGUGCCGCUCUGGGAGCGAGCACAGCAGCGCUGGUCCAGUGUCUCCACACAGGAACUCUCACCGCCAUGGCCCAGAAAAUUGACCUGAACUCCACUGAGGGAGAUUGGAAGAAGAUCAAGGCGUUCUUGCUGUCCCUGUCUGUGACGGACAGACGUCAGUACCAUGGGACGCCAAGCUCUGUGCCACUGGAAGACAUCCCUGUGUGGACUCCCACUGCAGGUGUUUCUGGCAAACCUCUUUACCCAAGGAAUGAAAAGUUGGACCAGAAGAUUUCCCUGUAUAGUGGUGACAUCACCAAGCUGGAGAUAGGUGCUAUUGUCAAUGCAGCUAACAAGAGUCUGCUUGGCGGAGGUGGAGUGGACGGUGCAAUCCACCGAGCUGCAGGUCCCAUGCUAAAAAAGGAGUGCGCUUCUCUUCUAGGCUGUGAGACCGGCGAGGCAAAGAUCACUUGUGGCUACAAGCUCCCAGCUAAGUACAGCACACUUCCCUGCUCAUCCAGGAAAAGCACGGGCAGGCUUACAGAGAUGGGCAUAGUUGCACCUUGGGGCCUCCAGGCUGUGGCCACACAGACUUGGUUUACGAGUGAUCAGGGAUGCAGCGAUCGUGGACUGAGGUGAUGUCGUUAAAUCAAACUUUUGUUCGAUGAUAUGAAGCCCGGUGUUCCUGGUGCUACGGUUCUGCGGUUUAUCUUUGAACUAAAAUGACUGAACUGAAAACUUGAGUACUGCUUUUAUAAACUCUGAUAGGAGGAGGCAGUGGUUAGGUAUUAUGAUAUUAGGGUGUGAACUGAAACACAGGACUGCUCACGUCUAAGACAGCAUGAAAGACAGAUCGACAGAUUGAAGUAAUGUCUGCUUGUCUUCUUCCAUUACAGUGAAACACUAUAAAGAACUUGUUGAUACCAUCAGUUGAUAUCUUCUUCUUCUCUUACCUCCUCAGUGCAGGGUCAUUCCAAAUAAAAAUAAAUCAAUACAUUUGUCUUCUUCGGUCUUCCUCACUGAAUAAAUACAGACCAGGCCUGUCCUGUUUUUCCCUUCUCCUUGCAUAUCCAUCUCUUAUGCGUCUACUACAUCUUCACAUGUUGUAGUGACAUAACAACUCAUUGAAAAGUAAUUUUCACGGGAGACAGCAAAAAUAUUAAAUCAGUUUUUAAAUGAUCUCUUGAUACAAAAAUGACUAAGCAGAAAAAGUGCACUUUCAUUUAUAUAAUUCUGGAAAGUCUUCCUCAAGGAUUCUUGUUGACUGCACUUUUUGUUACUUUGAGGUCUGUUUUUGUUAAGGGUCUUUGAGAACAAGGUCCCAGUAGGAAGGCCUGCCAUGUCAUGAUUUUUUCUUAUUUGUUAAAAGCUUAAAGGUGCAGCUGUGAUGUUAAAAUAAAAAAUGUGCUCAAUUUAAA